AUGCGUCGCUGGGGGAGGGAAGGACAGUCCGAUGCAACGAGUGUCACGGAGAAAAAAUCCUUCUUCAGGCGUCUCAUGGGGAGCAGAAGAUCGCCCGGUGAGGACGCCAAGUAAGUCGGAUGGAUAAGACAAUGAUGACUUUUAACGUGGUGCAUAUGUGAAGAUAAUGGUUUUAGGACCGCGAGAAGUCCCAGAACUCCCUCUCGGAGGAAGAAAGGAAAGAAAGACAAGACUGUCACUGAAGAGGAGGCCAUUUCCAGUGGAGUCAAAACUAAAGAAAUCAGCAGCAUCCAAACCGAGUAAGAAUAUUUUUAUCCCUCAAGAUGGCUAGCGCCUAUCUCAUUAGAUCCAAACUGACCUAUCUAGUCAUAAACUAUCUUUCUAUCGACACAAAAAUGAUUUUAUUAUAUUGUCGAUGAUGACUGUUUGCUGUUUCAUAAGGGAAUUUAAUCUUGCAAAUCGAUCAAUUUCAGUCCAGAAAAUGGUCCGACGGUCUUUGUGUCCGUCAACACCACCAUGCGUCCCUUUGUUGAGCCCUUGAAUCGUUCCAAAAAAGCCCUGAGGGAAAACGUCAAAUCCCCAAACCCCAAGAGUUCCAGCAGUGUCCACACUGCAGGAAGCAGUAAUUCCAAGACUCCGAAUUCGAGAAGUACUACUAGCAACGCUAUUAGUGGCAAGAGCUCAAAAAGUUUGAGAAGUGCCAAGGAGAUGAGUACCAAGAAAGAGAGGAAGAAGUUUGAAGGGAAGAGAAAAUAA